AUGAAUCCCUCGCCUGCUAAACGCCCGCGGAGAACAUCCACCCCCUCCCCUGAGCCUCGCCAGGGACCUUCCAUCUCCCCUUCCCGCCAGCUUCCGCCUAUACAAGGGACGCCUACGCUACCGCCCCCCUUCGGCGGAAGCGCCGGCUGGAGCGCUGGGUGGAGAGGCGGGUCCAGGAGGUCAGGUGCGGAAGAAUCCCCGUCGCCCAAAGACGAAGAGCCUAUCGCUGGGCCCAGUACCAGCGGGCCCAACGCCGGUACGAGCGAACAGGGGUCAUCCAUGGUUUUCACGCGAGACACGGGCGGAAGAGCGCCCAGAAGUAUGAUGGCAUGUGUCAGAUGUCGGCGGCAAAAAAUGAAGUGUGAUGGGCCGUCCUCGGUGCCCUGUCGGGGCUGUCGCACGGCAGGCCAGCAAUGCAUCUUUGAACCUCGCUCCCGCCCGAAAUCCAUAUCAGUCAUCCCCUCCCGCCCAUUCUACCCCGGCCGGCCAGGUUCACCAGCCUCAUUCUACCCUCCAGGCGCCCAGCCUGCACCGCCCGUCACCUCCCGCCCUAUGGGUCAAGAAUACGCAUUUCGUCCCUCCAGCAGAGAACAGAUGGGUCCACCCCCAGGCUCUACCAUGGGCUCUGUAUACUCUGGUAUGACCAGCCGCCGCAGUCCCGGUCCGCCAUCGAUAGCGUCAUCCGCCAACAUCCCGCCAAGUCCAUACGGCUACCAAACAGCCCCUCAAGCGCCUCCCCAAGUCAUCCACCCCCCGCCAUUUGCAGUACCUAUCCCCCAACGUCCUAUGUCACCCACACGCACAUCCACCGACGCCCGUCUACAUGCGCUUGAACGCACCCUCGAAUCCACCCUCCGUCCCCUUUCGUGGGUACCCAGCGCCCUAUCCACACUACAAUCGUCCGUCAACGACCUCCGCGCACAAGUAGCUCCCAGGCGUGUGUUUACAGUCGCAGAGGGUACGUGGGACUGUUACAGGACGAGGGUUUGGCCCUUGACGCCGUGGCUCGUCGGGUUGAGGGACGGCGCGGGCUUGCCGGGGAUGGUGGCGGAUAUGAUGGGCAGGCGAGCAGAGGAAGUUGCCAGAGCGGGUCAGCAGGGGCAAGGUACGAGUACUAUCGGGCUGGAAGGGGAGGCGAGGAGAGAGGUGGGGAGGUUGAUUGGGGAAGGAAGGGAGUGGGCAAAGGAAGAAGUGCAUGGGUUGUGUGUGCUUGCGACGUGGACAAACGACAGAACGUAUGCGGCAUUGGCUGUGGCGGAAGCAAGAUCGCUAGGCAUGCAUGCCCUCCGAAGAACUCAGGACAAUUGGCGGGAAUGGGCUUACGUUGUCAUUAUGGAUACCAUGUGUCACGUUCCCGACUAUCUCGAUCCUGUCACCCGCACAAGACUUUCGGGCCCAUGGCGUGAAAGGCUGGGCUCGAUGCCGACUUCGGAUCCUGCCAUCAGGGAGAGAGAUUCAAGACUGCUGGCAUGGCUAGUGUACGCCGAGCUUCUCGGUGAAGUGUUUCAGUACCGCGAAACGCCAGCCACGGGCAAUCCUCUCGAGAUGCGGGAAGAACGUCUCGUGGGUCCUUGGUCGCAAUUUGGUCAGCACUGGGAUGCUUGGGCAUCCGAAUUCGAUGUUCGAAACGAUCCCAUUCUUUCACUCUACCACAUGUAUGCUGUCUUGUUCACUGUCACACCCGUGUGCUUUGCGGACGACAGAUCAUGGGAAGAGCUUGCGACGUCGCCAGAAGGGCAGCAGUUAUUGGAACGGGGCAAGGACGCCGCUAUCAGCUUGAUUCAGUCCAUCUGCUCUACAGAAGUUGGCCGCACGCUUUCAUACUCAUUCCCGCUCUAUAGACCCCUUCUCGCCUUGGCCGUUCUCCACCUCAUAUCCUUCGCUGCCGCCCUGCCUGCUGUCCCGGCCGUCCAAACUGCCCAAAGCAGCAUCCUCCACGCCCUCCGACAAGCGUACGAAACGCUCAAUCUCCAUGUUCCCCAGCGCGAAGCUCUCCCUGGUCCAGGGGCUGGUGUGGGUUUGGCAUCCGGAACGGGAGGGGCAGGACAGGGUGCGACAAGCGGUCUAUUAGGGGAGGUGGCAGAGACGGGGAGGUUGGAGUUGGGCAAGAGGUGGUUGGAGUUGAGUGUGGGGAGGGAUGCGUGGAGGAGGAUUGUGGGGUGA